UACCAUACGCAGGUAUCCCAUAUGGACCACUUGUUUAGGUUUUGAGCUAGUGUCAUUGUUAAUGUCAAAAAUACCCGAGAUGGGCGCGUGCAAUACUAAUGAUGUAGCCCUCACACUCAAUAUGACUGCGAACUUUAAGGAGAGUAGGAUGUUUGCCGAUGCCAAUCCCGCUUUGAUUGAAGGUGUGGAGUUUGUGUCCACGUGGGAGUCCCUGAGCCCCGAGCGACCCAUAUAUGGUGUUCAAUGGCAUCCCGAGAAAAACUCAUACGAGUUUGACGCACAUAAACGCAUACCCCAUACGACACACGCGGUACGUGUCGCACAGAAGAUAUGGUACGCGAGUCCAGUCACUCAGUCAUACAUAGCGGCCAGUUAUGUGAAAUACUUGGAGGGCGCCGGCGCUCGGGUGGUGCCAAUUAUGGUCAAUCAAACGGAUGAGUAUUACAAGCGUAUGAUUGAAAUGACCAACGGAUUGCUAUUACCCGGCGGUGAUGUAGAUUUGCGUACCAGUGGCUAUGCGCUGGCCAGCGCUCAACUCAUAAAAUAUGCCCAUGCUAAUGCCAGUCGUCCGUAUCCAAUAUGGGCCACGUGUCAGGGCUUUGAAUUUCUAGCGCUAUUUAUGUCUAAAUUGCCCGACUUGCCCCUGUGCUCUGCCUACGACGUUGCCCUUCCACUCAAUAUGACCAUGGGCUUUAAAGAGAGCAGGCUCUUUUCUGGUGCCGAUCCCACUAUUAUUGAGAUAUUGCAAAAAGAGGCCGUAACGCAUAACUAUCAUUACAUGUGUCUGACCAUGGACCAAUACAAUUCAUCGCCCGAGCUGAAAUCCACAUUCAAAAUAUUGUCCACAAAUGUCGACCUAAAUGGUGUGGAGUUUGUGUCCACGUGGGAGUCCGUGAGCACCGAGCGACCCAUUUAUGGUGUGAUAUGGCAUCCCGAGCACAAUGCCUACGAGUUUGACUCACAUAAACACAUACCCCAUACGGCAAACGCAGUACUUGUCGCUCAAUUUAUGGCCAACUUUUUUGUCAAUGAAUGCCGUAAAGUGUGGACACCACCCAUCGCCGUGACGGAUGAAAUGGCCAUGCUUAUAUAUAAUUACCAGCUUUUGUAUACGGCGAGUCAAACUGGGGAGCCUUACGAGUUUGAACAGAUUUAU